UUUCUUCGCCGUUUUUAGGGUUUUAGGACUCUUCCUUAUCUCUCUCUCUCAAAAAACCUAAUUUCUCAAAUUCCUCACUAAUUCUCAGCCAUGACUGCUGCUCAAUCGCAAGAAGAGCUCUUAGCCGCUCAUCUCGAACAACAAAAGAUUGAAUCUGAGGAACCUAUUAUCGAGGAUGAAGAAGAAGAUGAUGAUGAAGAUGAUGAUGAUGACAAAGAUGAUGAUGAUGCUGAAGACCUCGGAGAUGGUAGUGGCAGGUCAAAGCAGAGCAGGAGUGAGAAGAAGAGUCGCAAAGCUAUGCUAAAGCUAGGAAUGAAGCCAAUCCCAGGGGUCAGCCGUGUAACUGUCAAGAAGAGCAAAAAUAUUCUAUUUGUCAUCUCAAAACCAGAUGUUUUCAAGAGCCCAAAUUCAGACACAUAUGUCAUAUUUGGUGAAGCAAAGAUUGAGGAUUUGAGCUCGCAGUUGCAGACUCAAGCUGCAGAGCAGUUUAAGGCUCCUAACCUGAGCAACGUUAUAUCGAAGCCUGAGCCAUCGACUGUGGCUCAGGAUGAUGAGGAUGUCGAUGAGACUGGUGUAGAACCAAAGGAUAUAGAGUUGGUGAUGACUCAAGCAGGAGUGUCCCGAGCUAAAGCAGUCAAAUCUCUGAAGGCUGCUGAUGGUGAUAUUGUCUCUGCUAUCAUGGAGCUUACAAAUUAGGAUGUCCCAGUCUUUUGAGCAGUGCUUUCGUUGAAAACAUUCAGGUCGUGAGUUUUAAAGGUUUUGAGUUGCUGCGCUUUUUUAUCUGUGUCCUGUCCAUCUUAUCCUCUUCCGUUGUAUACCAGAUUGGACUGUUAUGUAAGAGAGAAGGUUUAACUUGUGCUGCGCCUUUCUGUCUAA